CAGUUGGGGGAGCACAGCUCUCACUCUGGCUGAUAGUUCUGUGAUCUGAGUCUAUCUGCUGGAUGAAUUCUCCUGGAAGAUGGAACACUGCAGAUUUCUGGGUAGUUUGAUAUUGGCUGCCCUUCUCUCCCAAGUGAGCCUUUUCAAGAUAGACAUGGACGAAAUUGAGGAGAGACUGAUUUUGAAGUGCAAUAGCAGCAUCAUGCAGCUAGAGGGAACGAUGGGAACACCAUACAAAGGAGGGCUGGACUUGGGAAAACGCAUCCUGGACCCACGGGGAACAUAUAUGUGCAGUGAUGCCAAGGAAAACUCCUCUCUGCAAGUAUAUUAUCGAAUGUGCCAAAACUGUGUGGAGCUGGACUCAGCCACCCUGGCUGGCAUUGUCAUCACUGACAUCAUUGCCACUCUGCUCCUUGCUUUGGGAGUCUACUGCUUUGCUGGACAUGAGACUGGAAGGCUCCCGAGGGCUGCUGAUGCUCAAGCUCUGUUGAGGAAUGACCAGCUCUAUCAGCCCCUUCGAGAUCGGAGUGAUGCUCAGUACAGUCGUCUUGGUGAAAACUGGCCUCGGAAGAAGUGAACUCGAGACUGGUGGCUUAUAGGAGUAUCGGUUAUUCACUGUCCCUUCUCUCCUUGCUCAGGCAAUAAAGAUGUCUUCUUUCACUCAGCAGGUACCUGGACUUUUCAAGGCUCCUGGGCAAGGCACGGGAGAUAUCCUGACUUGGAUGGGCCUUUGCCCUCCCUGCCCACCUGUGUCCCUCCUUCUGCACUUCCCUUCCUCUGCCCCAUGUGGACAGUGUGAUGGGCAGUCUCCCAACACAUCCUGUCCCACUGGUGUUUCUGGCCUGGUGGGCUCCUUUGGUGCAGGGUCUGCCCCACCACACUCCCUCGGCUACUUGUUGCUUCCAGUCCACUAUCACAACCCUUCCAAGGCUUUGGCUUCCUUAUCACAGCUGAGGGCCGGCUGGUGUUUAUAGACCCAGCCACACAGAAGUUUCCGUGACAUCAUAAGCAGAGAUGGCAGAAACAUCAAGGAUUCUGGGGAUUACUUCUUAUCAAGACUCAGAGAGUGUGGUGACCACAAAGUCCCCCUUCUGCUAAGGGACUGGCCCUGGAUUUAUGACCCCUGUGGAGUGGUAGCCACUAGCUGUGAAGAGGUCUCAGCCCAGGCCCCUUCAGUACUCUUUUCUCCUGUAUAGAAGGCAUCAUUUGUCUUUCUUUCCCCAGAACCUUCCAAGACCUGGCCCUGACUUCUGCAUGAUAAACUGCUAUCAGGAACCCUAUAUCAGUUAAAACACAUUAUCCCUCUCCACUCUCUUGGGAAGCCGGAAUUUGAGACUGGGUGGGGGCUUGGGAUAUUUUUAAUAGAGCUUAUCUUCAGCUAGUGGGUUAGUGAUGAUUCUAAAACUUUGGGAGCCUGAGAGAUUUGUUAAAAAUAUAGACACUUGGGCCCCACUCUAGGCAUGCAGUCCCCAGGUGAUUCUGAAGCAGCCCCAAUUCAGAGUCUCUGGUUUAGAGGAAGAACUGAGGCCACUUAGACUAUUGAGUCCUUCAUGCCUGUUCCUGUCUACCAUAAGUGGGAUAAGAGUUUGUUCUCUGAGUAAGAGUAAUUUAGUGAACCUCAGGACAGUUUAAUGAGAGUGGGAGUUUCCUAGACCAGGCUUCCCAAAGGAGAAAAGGAUUAACAACCACAUAACCGCAGAUCUGGAUGAUUCUGCCCACUAUCUCCUUGAGAUAGACACAGACUACUUUUAUUAGAGACAGGAUGAACUUCUAAUCUACACGUUUCAUUCAUGGAUAUGAUUUAUUCCUACUCUUUAUGUCCUUACUACUACUGUAGUCCUCCUAACCCUAGGUCCUGUUUUCACAUUGGAUCACUCCACUUUGGGCAACCCUUCCGUGGUUGUAUUGCACCAACACUUGGAUCCUUCCCACACCCUGCACACUUCCUUUCACCUGGCAUUCCUCAUAUGCUCUUACGUCUCCCUAUACCUCUCGCCAGUUCUCAACAUUGGCUGCGCGUUGGAAUCUCCUGGGGAGUUUUUAAAUACUGAUGCCUGGGUGCCACUCCUAGAAUCUGAUUGCAGUAUAUUGGGCUGGGGCAUCAGGACUUUUAAAACGGCCUGAGGUGAGUCUCAAGUGAAGCCAAGGUUGAGAAACAUUGCCCUCCACCUGAGCCAUUCGGCUCCCUUUUUUGUACUUUUAAAAAACACCUUUACUGAUGUAAACUGACAUGAAUAAACCGCAUAUAUUUACAGUGUAAUAUUUGAUAAGUUUUGGCACACAUAUACACAUGAAACAUCACCACAGUGAAGAUAAUGAACAUAUCCAACACCCUGACCAGUUUCCUUCUGCCCCUUUGCACAGAAUCCCCGCCUCCUUCCUCUCCUCAUCUCCACACCUUCCAGGCAACCACUGACCUGCUUUCUGUCAUUAUAGAUUAGUUUUAAUUUUUCUAGAAUUUUAUAUAAAUGAAAUAAUAUAAUGUGUACUGUUUUUGGUCUCGCUUCUUACUCUAAGCAUAAUUCUUUUGAGAUUCACCCAUCUCGUUGCAUCCAUCAAUAGUUCAUUCCCUUUUAUUGUUCAUUAGUAUUUCAUUGUAUGGAUAUACCACGAGCUGCUUAUCCAUUCACCUGUUGACAGUCUUUUGGGUUGUCUCCUGUUUUGGUUAUUACAAAUAAAGUGCUACGAACAUUCGUGUAUAAGUCAUCA